AUGAAAAUGGAUGGAUCUGAAAAUGCUAAAUAUCUAAUUCAUUUCUAGAGUAUAAUUAAAGAGCCUUAGGAUAAACAAGAUAGAGAUCUAUAAAUUUAAGCCAAAAAGAUACAAAAUCUCGGCACUUAGAAAAUAGAAAUCUAAAAAAGAAAACUCAUUUUAGAUUAAACUGAUACAACAUCUAUAAAACAAAAAUGUAUUAAGAAAAGAAAUAAAAUUUACGAAAAUAAAAAAAUAAGAAGACCUUGGAGUGCUUAAGAAGAUUAAUAAUUAUAGCUUGCUAUUUAAUAACAUGGAUCUAAUUGGAUUUAAAUAGCAGCAUCAUUGAUGAAUCGAAAUCCAUCUCAAUGUGCUUAGAGAUGGAAAAGAAUCAAACCAUCAGAUGUAUAUAUUGUUAAUUAAUUGUAGUUAAAAAAAAGAAAACCAUUUUCUAUCAAGGAAGACCAAAUUAUAUUAGAAUUAGUUUCAAAAUACACAAAAAAUUGGGGUAAGAUUGCGUAAUACCUACCUGAAAAAACAAGCAAAUAAAUAAGAGAGAGAUAUAUUAAUAAACUUAAUCCUUAAAUCAAAUUUGAACCAUUCACUGAAGAAGAAGAUUAAAUCAUAAUAAAUGCUUAUAGAGAAAUAGGUUCGAAGUGGUCUAAAAUCUAAGAUCUUCUGAUCGGUAGACCUGUAUGUAUAUUAUCUUAAUUUUUAGGAAAAUAUGAUUAAGAAUCGUUUUUACUCAUACUUGAGAUAAAAAUUCUUAAAAAUAAAAAAUCCAUAUUAUGCAAUUCCUUAACAAAUAGCCAUGGAAAACAAAAGUUAAUAAUCAAGCAAUAAUGAAGAAUAACAAUUAUCAGAAGAAAAAUAAUAAAUAGAAACUUAAUUCGAAAUAUAAAAUAAAGAAAAUAAUAAUCAAAGAAAUAAGUGUAAUUAAAACAUACAACCUUAAGUUACCUUCUCAAGUAAUCAAUAUUUUUAAAUUCCUUGCCCUAUUCUGUAUGGAAAUUACUCUUGUAAUAAAUUUCAAUUUAUAUAGAUCCUUAAUUUUAAUAUUAUUAAACACCUAUAGCUUUAGUUUACACUCCAAUUCAAUAAGAUGAUUUGAAUGUGCAGAAUAGUUUGAACACUGUUUUUUAAUAACAGAUAAUUUUUGGCUAAAAUGUUACAAAUUAAUUAGUUUUUUAAUCAAACUCUUGA